AUGGGAAUCAACUGCGGGGUGUUGUGCGCCAUUCGUGUGGGUGCGAAAUACAUUGAACUGGCAGUGGAGCCAGACUCAGUCGAUCAGAUCGGUGAGAAUUUCAAAGACUGGACCAUGUUUCGAUUCGACUUCAAUGCGGAUCCUCUUUUUACAGCGGAGAUUGGAGUCUCCCAUGAGACUACUGUAAGUCGCGUAUUAAGCCAAAUCCGCCGGGAAUAUGAGCUUGUGUACACCUGUCACAUUCAGUUGCGGCACCCGGAUGAGCGCGUCACAAAUUGGCUCGCAGAACAAAUUAAGGCCGUUGAUAAGCGAGUGGCCUUGAUGACCCAAUGGGAUUUUUCAACCUGA